CAACACAUUUUCCCACCCCUUCCCUUUCCCUUACCCUUUUCCUUCUGUUAAAAUCCCUUUCCUGUCCUUCCGCCGUUCAACCAAACCCAUCCAGUCAUGAUGGAGCGGAUUGUCCUCCGAGAAGUGAUUCGUCAAUGGCGGCAGAGCGCCGCCGCGACCACCUUCAAAGGAACUUCCACUUUUGAAAGAAAGUAUUGCCAUUUGAUGUCUAACGCCGACGAGGGAGAGAUCAGUAGAAAAGAGUACAAUCACGACCGGUGGCUAAUAUUGCCUCCGUUCGAUCCAGCCUUCGACGGCUACUUAAUCGAAAAAAAAAUUUUGGGCACGUCAGUUAACUCGAAUACGACGGUGCUUAAAUGGAUUCUCAAGUGCUGUCCUCAAUUUCCCAGGAGUUUUGUCCAGAAGCUUUUCCGCUUAAGACAGGUUCGAAAAGAAUGUUCCAAGACUGAAGCUAAAGAACAACGACCAAGAAGGGUAGGAGCUAAAGAUCUUAUAGAUGUUGGUGAUAGAAUCUUCCUUCCUAAAUCUGUUGAUGGAAAAUUUGCUUCGUUAACAGAAGAAAAACAGGGUAGUUCCGAUGAGAAGGAAAUGAAGUAUGUCCGUAGCCUUGAGUUGUAUAAGGAUCCGGCCAUAAUUGUCAUCAACAAACCACCUGGAAUGCCUGUGCAGGGUGGCCUUGGAAUAAAUAAGAGUUUAGACGAGUUAGCUUCCAACUACUUGAGAUAUGACUAUGCAGAAUCUCCUCGCCUGGUGCACAGGCUUGAUAGAGACAGCAGCGGCGUAUUAGUCAUGGGAAGGACACAGCAGAGUGCUACCAUCCUGCACUCCAUUUUCCGCAAUAAAACAUCUGAAGCAUCUAUUGAUAUUCCUGACACCAAAGAAAUCCUGCAAAAGAGGUAUUUGGCUCUGGUUAUUGGAUCUCCUAGAAGGAAAGAAGGAGUAAUCUCCAUGCCAUUAGCGAAGGUGGUAGUUGGUGAUGGAAAGUCUGAGAGAAUUACCACAGCUGACUAUUCCCAUAAAACAUCAGCGCAGCUAGCUGUUACAGAGUAUCGAGUGAUAUCAUCUUCACCACAUGGUUUCACGUGGCUGGAAUUGUUUCCACACACCGGAAGAAAGCACCAGCUUCGUGUUCACUGUGCUGAAGUACUCGGAACACCAAUAGUUGGUGACUACAAGUACGGGUGGAAAUCACACAGAAAACUGGGGCACACAUUCUACUCAGAAGGCAAAGCAUCCAAAGUUAGAGGAGGGAAGUGGCCCGAUGGGCUCGAGUCGGAGAGUGGCAGUAUAUGUGAUAAACAAUUUCGUCUACAUCUUCACUGUAAGGAGAUUAUCCUUCCCGAUAUUUCACAGCAGGUCAAUAAUAUGCAGGGUGCGAGUAUCAAGUUGAAUGCUCCUAUAUCAGCACACAUGCAAAGAAGCUGGGAUUUGAUGAACUAAGAAUGCCCUGCACUUGCUUAUGAAUUCAUUUCAGGUUUGAACAGAAUCCCAUUCUUUUAUAGUUGGACUUUAUAGAACACCAUCAAUUUAAUCUCUUUUUCACAAUUCUUGAUUAGAGCAAUCAAGAAUUCAAAAAAUAUGGAAAUUAUACAAAUUGGUUGCAGAGUCGUUGAAUGCAGAUUCAAGGUCAGGACUGAGUAUUUACUGAAACUCUGCAUUCAAAUAAAAACAAGCUUCUCCAUAUCUACCAUUUUAUCACUAUACUCCAUUAGUUC